AUGGAGCCCCCCUUCACCGACACCUUCCACCCCCAGGACACUGCCACUCACCGUUUUGCGGGGCACAUACCUCGACAGAUUUGCGGGACUCAAAGAUCCGGCAUCUUACUCGCCCAGCCCCUGUCUCCUCCACGUCUCCCCAAGGAAGAACCGCUCUAA